GUGUUUCGCCUUUCAAAUAAAAACGUGAUUAGCUCACAGUCGUUUCGGGGCAUUCUUGUGCACUCAGUUACUCUCUCUCUCUCUGGAGCGUCGUCGUUUCGUUAGGGCACAAAACCCCUUUUCGGAUCGGUGGAGCAAGGCCUCGCCGGCGAGAUUCCCGAGGCUGUUCAAUCAGCGAUCGAGCACCGGCGAAAAGCGGCGAAGAUGAAGGUUUUCGUGAAGACUCUCAAGGGCACGCACUUCGAAAUUGAAGUGAACCCUUCGGACACGCUUUCUGAAGUGAAGAAAAAUAUAGAAACUGUUCAGGGUGCAGAUGUCUAUCCUGCUGCACAGCAAAUGCUUAUUCAUCAAGGAAAAGUUCUAAAGGAUGGUACUACUUUGGAGGAAAAUAAAGUAGCUGAAAAUAGUUUUAUUGUAAUUAUGUUAUCAAAGACUAAGAGUUCAUCUGGUGAAGGAUCUACUACUUCAACUGCUCCUUCAGUUAAGGCAAGUGCAACUCCUACUUCAACCUCUGUGUCUGCUGCGCCUCAAGCUCCUGCUUCAACUGGAGCAACGCCUACACCUGUUACUGCCCCAGCUGCUCCUGCUUCUGCUGCAGCUCCUGCUCCUAUAUCUUCAGGCUCUGCUGUGCCAGAGUCUGAUAUAUAUGGGCAGGCAGCAUCUAAUCUUGUUGCUGGAAGUAACUUGGAGGGAACCAUUCAGCAAAUCCUUGACAUGGGUGGAGGAAGCUGGGACAGGGAUACUGUUGUUCGUGCUCUUCGUGCUGCUUAUAACAACCCUGAGAGAGCUGUUGAAUAUUUGUAUUCCGGCAUACCAGAGCAAGCUGAAGCUCCACCUGUUACCCGAGAGCCUGCAAGUGCUCAACCUGCAAAUCCUCCAGCUGCUGCUCCACAGGCAGCACAACCAGCAUCUGUUCCUUCUAGUGGACCUAAUGCCAAUCCUUUAGAUCUCUUUCCCCAGGGCCUUCCAAAUGUUGGGUCUGGUGCUGCUGGUGCUGGCUCUUUAGACUUUCUUCGCAACAGUCAACAGUUCCAAGCCUUACGCGCUAUGGUACAGGCUAAUCCACAAAUAUUGCAGCCUAUGCUACAAGAGCUUGGCAAACAAAAUCCUCAUCUUAUGCGAUUGAUUCAAGAGCAUCAAGUUGACUUCCUUCGCCUAAUUAAUGAACCCGUUGAAGGGGGUGAGGGAAAUAUACUGGGACAGCUAGCUAGUGCCAUGCCGCAAGCAGUGACAGUCACCCCUGAGGAACGGCAAGCAAUUGAACGUCUCGAAGCAAUGGGAUUUGAUCGUGCAACUGUAUUGGAGGUGUACUUCGCUUGUAACAAAAAUGAGGAGCUGGCUGCCAACUACCUUUUAGAUCACAUGCACGAGUUUGAUGAAUAAUUAGAUCUCCUUUCCAAUUUGUCAAAAUAGUUGUUUUAUGUUUCCUUUUGAACAGUCUUUGUUAUGUAAUGAGGUAAUAUUUGAUAAUGACAAGUCUCGAAUGGACAAGAGAUAUUUUAAUCACUGCAUUAUUGCACAGGUAUUCAUCAUUUUCUUCUCUUAGAAAUUUUAUCAAUAUUCUUAUACAGGGCUGUUUGGCUUGUAUUAUUGUUUA